AUGCGUGUCCUCUGGUUCUUGAAGCGUCUCAGUCGAAUGGUUAGAGGACAAAGCCUCAGGCGUCUGGCAUUUCCGCUCACUCUCUUGAUAGUAGCAGCUUCUCUUGGUCUCUAUCUUCUGCUUGCAUAUUCCCUAGCAAAUGAUCCUCGGCUUGUUCCGAUCGCAUUCCAGGAAGCUAAAAGUAUACUUCUGGUGACCGCACAUCCUGACGAUGAGACACUCUUCUUUAGUCCGACUAUUACCUAUCGCCGGGAUGACGCAAAUGUAAAGCGCUCAUUGAAACUACGACGGACUGGGCGACAAGCGACAAAGAUCUCCGAGGACCGAUGCGUUGUUCUAGAUAUUGCGGAACUCCAAGACAAUCCCAAGCAAUGGUGGGACGGGGAUAUGGUCAAGGAUCUCGUUUCUUCCUAUAAAGAAAAAUGGCAUGUUGACUUGAUAGUCACCUUUGACCACGGCGGUAUAUCUGGCCAUAUCAACCAUCGAUCUGUGAGCGCCGGUGUGCGUAAAUAUAUCCAAUCCACACCAGAUGCGCCCGCCGCAUACAUGCUCCAGAGUACACCACUUCUACGAAAAUACUCCUCCCUCCUCGACCUAAUCCCCACUACCAUCCCAUUCGCCUGGCGCAUACUGAAAGCCCUCCUCACCACGCCACUCGGUAAAGAAGUCGAGCAUAACACAGUACACGACGUCGUUCCGUUGGCUGCAUACAAUAAUAAAGCGCUUAUUGUUAGCUCGUGGAAGGCAUAUCGGGUCUCACGAGCGGCAUUCAGUCAGCACGAUAGUCAGUAUUCAUGGGAUCGUUCGCUAUACCUGGUGGUCAGCCGAUAUAUGUGGUUCAACACAUUGGCAAAGAUAGCAUAG